AUGGAUAAGGCAAAAUCUGGCUCCACGCCUUUAGCUCCUAAUUUGAAGCUCACUAAGGAACAAGCACCCAAAACAGAACAAGAAAGAAACUACAUGGACAUGGUUUCUUAUGCUAGUGGGGUCGGAAGUUUAAUAUAUGUUAGAGGCACACGUAGUGUCGGUCUCACUUACAGCAACAAGUUCAAAACUCAUAAUGAAGUUUUGGGUUAUGUAGACUCAGAUUAUGCAGGGUGCAUUGACACUAGAAGGUCACUCAUGGGCUAUGUAUUUACAAUCCAAGGUGGAUGUGUGAGGUGGAAGGAAAAUCUGCAGAAAGUAGUGGCAUUAUCAUCUACAGAAGCUGAGUAUAUGGCAGCUACGGAAGCAAUCAAGGAAGCUAUUGAUAACUCUACAAAAUAG